AUGGGGAAGACCCUCAUGGAUGGUAAAUCGAAGCACGAACGUCCCUCGCAAUCCGAAAGUUUUGACAGUUUCCGUGGUAUUAAGAUGAUAAAUACUAGCAACAACUCUGGUUCCAAUAGUCCUAAUAUUAACGACUCCCGACGAAAUGUAGAAACCGCAAAUCGGGCAGAAUCCUACCAAAUGCGUCCGACGACAACCACAUCCCGACAAAUAUGCCAAUCCCCUGAUCCUGGAAGCAUUGGCGAGGAAGAUGAGGAGGGUUCUAGUGUGCAAAGUGAUCCCCGAUUUAUUGAAGCGAAUCAGCGUUUCAUCCCUACAGCACCUCCACGAACUCAACUUACUGGAAGUCCAGAAAGGAUUCCUACAAAACCAAAGUCUCGGCAUCCCACCCAAUCCUAUGCUUAUCCUAGACGUUCUAACCCUCCCCAACCUCAUAAAUAUGGACGCCAGCCCUCUUCUCCACCAAGAAAAGAUGAUUUUAAUGCACCACCACCUCCUAAUGCCUCUUCUCCCAAUAAAAUGCCAACUUUUGUCAAUGAUUCGCAAGGUUUCAUGGGUGGACUGGAAGUAUCCCAUAAUCCCGAUGAUAAGUUGGACUGGUUCACUAAUCUCCUUACAGUUCUUUCAAUGCUUAUCGUUGUUGUGACGUUUCCCUUUUCCAUGAUAUUCUGUCUUAAAAUUGUGGCAGAGUACGAGAGAGCAGUGAUUCUACGAAUGGGACGUCUUCUUCCUGGUGGUCAAGGAACAAGAGGUCCCGGUUUAUUCUUUGUCCUGCCUUGCAUUGAUAGUGUAAGAACUGUGGAGCUACGAACAGUAACGUUUUCCAUUCCACCUCAGGAAGUCCUAACCCGUGAUUCAGUGACAGUGGCUGUUGAUGCGGUUGUAUACUAUCGAAUCUGUAAUCCGGCUGUUUCCAUACUGAAUGUGGAGGAUGCAGCGAGAUCUACGCGGUUGCUGGCGCAAACUACAUUGAGAAAUGUGCUAGGAACUAAAGAUCUAGCCCAAAUUCUUAUGGAUAGAGAAGAGAUGUCAGUAACGAUGCAGUCUACGAUUGAUGCGGCCACAGAGGCCUGGGGUGUUAAGGUGGAAAGGGUGGAAAUUAAAGAUGUGAGAUUACCAGUCGCUCUUCAACGUGCCAUGGCUGCCGAAGCUGAAGCUACAAGAGAAGCUCGAGCAAAGGUAAUCGCUGCAAAUGGUGAACACAAAGCAUCCAGUGCCCUAAAAGAAGCUGCCAAUGUGAUAGCCUCCUCACCACUAGCUCUGCAACUGCGCUAUCUUCAAACGCUCUGUACAAUCUCCGCUGAGAAGAAUUCCACCAUAAUAUUCCCCCUUCCCAUUGACAUUCUCAACACUGGCUCAAUGGGGCGUGAUGGAAACUCCUCAAUAACUUCUCUAGAUGGACAUCACCGACAUAAAAAGGCAAUGGUCAAACAGUGGCUCCCUUCCAUCACUCCAGAUAAUGCUUCAACCCCAAAUCCUCGAGCUCUGUUGCCAGGUAUGGGUGAACCUGACUCACCUAUUCCACAGCCAGUACCUCCAAAGCUACCAGAGAGUCAACGGCAACGAUAUGAAGCUGCUGCAAUUCUAACAGCAGCUGCUGUAGCAGGAGCGGCGAAAAAGUCAUCAAACCCUUCUGCUCCAAUAGCUACUAACAGUCCGCCACCACCUAGACCUCCUCCAAGGUCAAGUCAAGGUCAUGAGGGGGUAGAUAAAGAAGUUGAGGAAGGUCCUGAUGACUAUGAGGACACCUGUAGUGAUUCCGUAUAG